CUGAACAUAUUCUUCCUUUCUUUCCACCAUAACCAUCACUUCAUGACCUAACUAUGGCAUCAGAAAUUAUGAAUGCAGAGGUGCAUAACAAUAAAGGAGAAGGAGAUGAAGACAGAUCAUUUUCGAGGUCUGACAGUGGUAGCGGAGAAGAUUCUUUGGACAAUCUUUUUCCUAGAUGUAACCUGACACCCUCUCUUUCUCCACGGAAGAGAACAACCAGCCAAAGUAAAACAGAACCACCACUAUUGAGAACAAGUAAGAGAACAAUCUACACAGCUGGAAGACCACCCUGGUAUAAUGUGACAGGAACAACAUUUAAAGAAGCUUUUGUAAUAGGCCUUUGUGGUGGCAGUGCUUCUGGAAAAACUACAGUGGCAAACAAGAUUAUUGAAGCAUUGGAUGUGCCCUGGGUAGUUCUUCUAUCCAUGGAUUCAUUUUACAAGGUACUCAGUAAAGAGGAACAGGAGCUGGCUGCCAAGAAUGAGUAUAACUUUGACCAUCCUGAUGCGUUUGAUUUUGAAUUGCUGAUCACUGUCCUGCGGAAGCUAAAGAAAGGAAAGAGUGUGAAAGUUCCCGUCUAUGAUUUUACAUUACAUAGUCGAAGAAAGGAGUGGAAAACUGUCUAUGGAGCUAAUGUGGUGAUAUUUGAAGGGAUCUUGGCUUUUGCCAACAAGGAGCUGUUGAAGCUCCUGGAUAUGAAGGUUUUUGUGGACACUGAUUCUGAUAUUCGUCUGGUCCGUCGUUUGAAGAGGGACAUUACAGAAAGAGGACGUGAUAUUUCAGGAGUUAUAAAGCAAUAUAACAAGUUUGUGAAGCCUGCUUUUGAACAAUAUAUUGAGCCUACAGUGCAGGUGGCAGACAUUGUUGUACCAAGAGGUGGAGAAAAUUUUGUUGCAUUGGAUCUUAUUGUACAGCAUGUCCAUAGUCAACUGGAAAAGAGGAAACUACGCUGGGAUAUAUAUGAAAGGUGCAAGCCAGCUAAAAAAGAAGUACCAAAAGCAGCCCUGGCUUCUGCCCAUCAAGGACAGCCCCUGCCAACAAUGCUUAGUGUGAUGGAGAGCACACCACAGGUGCGGGGUAUGCACACCAUAAUCAGGAAUAAGGACACAAAUCGGGAUGAAUUUAUUUUCUACUCUAAGAGAUUAAUGAGGCUUUUGAUUGAGCAUGCGCUCUCCUUUUUACCACUCAAGGCUGUCACUGUAGAGACACCACAGGGGUCAAUAUAUGAAGGAAAAAGGUUCAGUGGUAAGAGGAUAACUGGUGUUUCCAUUCUCCGAGCUGGAGAAACCAUGGAGCAGGCUCUUAUGGCUGUUUGCAAGGAUAUUCGGCUGGGGAAGAUUCUAAUCCAAACAAAUCAUGACACUGGGGAGCCGGAGUUGCAUUAUCUAAGGUUACCAAAAGAUAUAAGUGAGGAUUAUGUGAUUUUAAUGGAUAGCACUGUCUCUACGGGAGCAGCAGCACUGAUGGCCAUCAGAGUUUUGCUGGAUCAUGAUGUCCAAGAGGAUAAAAUCUUCCUACUUUCCCUGCUUAUGGCCGAAAUGGGAGUACAUUCUGUAGCCUAUGCGUUUCCCAAAGUUCGAAUAAUCACCACUGCUGUGGAUAAGAAAGUCAAUGAUGAAUUUCACAUAAUUCCUGGAAUAGGUAAUUUUGGGGACAGAUAUUUUGGCACAGAUGCACCAUCAGACUGGUAUGAGAGUGAUGAGAGUAUGGACUACUAACAAAGAAUAUCCAGGAAAUCAGAGGUGACAUUGUGGAUCUGCUCAGUGCUUGAAACCAGUAGUUCCUGUCCCUGUAUUCUUGUUUAUCACAGAUGCUUGUUCUUUGUGAAUUCACUGGACCAUAUUUCAACUUCAUUUCCUUUCUUUCACAAAAAACUAUAUAGUAUGCCUAUAAUAUUUGUAGAAACCAAAUAUAUUACAGCUUAUUUAAUAUAUUUAUAUAUAAUCAAAGAUAUAUACAUGCAUAAUUUAUUCUAAUGGCACUGUCAGACUGUUGAAAAUUGUUUCUAGUCUGUGUGGAGUUUGCACGUUCUCUUCAUGUCUGUCUGGGGUGUUCUGCAGGUAAUCUGCUUUACCUGCCACAUACCUGCAGAGGUUAAAUUGGGGAGUGGACCUUGCCAUGGACUCUACCCUGCAUUUCACCCAGUACUCCUGGCUUAGGCUCCAGCCCCCCCAACCCUGAAUGGAAUUAAGCAGGCUUGACAAUUUUAUAUUGCUAUAUGUAAUAUUAUAAGAAAAAAAUCAACCUUGAGCUUUACUUAAGUGUUUCGAUUUUUCAGACGGACUGAUUUUAAUUUUCAUGCUCUAGACUUUCUAAAAAAAAAAGCCACAUUCUUCAUUUAAAGAUGUUGCUGUUAUUUCUUUUCAUGUACUAAAGCACUUAUUCUUUACAUAAAACUAUUAACUGUUAAAAAAUAACAAUUUAAAAUGUAAUCUUUACAUUUCAGUUGAUGUAGUUACAGUGUUCAUAAUUAACUUAGCUUUCUUUCUUAAUAUAACUUUCCCAGAUGGGCUUGGAUACAACAGAAAAGCUUUUAUUUGAUUUUUAAAGCAUUUUUCUAAAAUGAAACCUUUAGAAUUUCCAGAUAUUUAAAAGUCAUAAUCUUUUUUUUUUUCAGUUGGUAUUAUAAGAAGAUAGGAAAUGUCUGCCUGACUUAGCAAAUGUAACAUUUCAAAUUUAAAGUGCUCUAACAAAGGGAAAAAUACAUUCAUUUAAAGCAAAAAUUCUGUAAGUGAUAUAACCACUGAAAAAUGUAAAAGUUUUAAAAAUAUGCACGUUUAAAGUAGAAAAUGAUAUAGAAAGAAUUGAUCCGAUCUCUACCUGAUCUUCUUUUAUUACUAGAGCACGAGUCUGAAGAUAAACGUUAGCAAACUCUCAACACCUCCAGCUUUGUUCUUUAACUCUCUGGAGGCCUCGAUGUAGAAUAAGGAACUGCUUAUGUUUUCACGUUCUGUUUCUUUGUUAAAAUUCUCUUUCCAGAUUUGACAGGUGCUCAUUAAGCAGUGAAACUUGAGCAAGUUCUCUAUUCAUUUGACAUGCGCUACUCUACUAGAACUUGAUUAUAUAGAAAUAGUUUACUUCAAAAGAUCACUGGCUUGAUGGACUUUUAUUCAUUUGCAGUUGAAUAAAUGGCUUAUUUUUUAGCAUAGUGAAUCACUAAAACAUGUUUUUUAAAGAAAAAUAAUAUAGCUGUAUUCAUCUUCAAAACAUCAAGAAUUAUUUAUUAAUCUUAGGGAUUUUUAUUUUUUUCUUUACACCAUUGUAUAAAGUUAAAAUUUACCAUGGCCUCGUAUGUUUGUUACUAUUAAUAUAAAACCUACACGUAUGUGUUUUUCUUUUUACAUUUUAUGUAUUUUUUGUUUUAUUGAGUCUUAUUUCUGUUGAUUUCACCAUGUUUUACUGUGUUACACAAAGGUUUUUUUUUAAUUAUUCUUGUCUACAAGAUAUGUUGGAAGAUCCAAGACACCGCUUCAAAUCGAGCCAAAUGUUUCGAGGCCUUUUUGGAAAGUGUGAUGCCUUUGACCAAAUUACGUCAUGAUACUUGAAUGCUGAAAGAUCUUGAAGUUCUACCAUUCCUACUUGGCUGUUGUAAAACCUUUUGUUGGUAGGAUGUAGGAUUGAUUUUUAUUUGUUAAUAUACAAAAAUAAUAAAAUGCUUUGCAU